GGGGAUGGUCAGUGGUAUGGUUUACGGUCCUAUAGUCUAUAUGGUUUGUGGAGAGACUAAAAAUUAUUUAGAGAUGAGGAUUUUGAUUGGGAAGGGGUUGUGCAAUUAGUCAAACUCAGAUCUUUUUAUUGGCUUAAUGCGAAAGGAUGGCCCAACUUGUCAAAAGAAAUCUGGUGUUUCUUCACCCAAAAUGGCAUUAAUGGACAAAGGAUUAUAACAACGUCAAUUGUGGGGUCAAGGAAUCUCGAAGUCCCAAACCUCCCGUUUUCCCAAGGAUUCUGUCCCUCGGGGAGUUUCCAAUCAAAAUGGUAAAGCAGAUUCGCAGGUUCAGGCUCAAUAAUGGCAGGAGCAGAAGAAAUGCGAACACACAUCCUUCUACCAGCACCAAAUGGUAUAAAUUCAAAGCCACUACCUUUAUAAUCAGCUGUGCUGUCCAAAAAUCUCUCAGGGUGUAAUCUCAAGGUUUCUUUGAUUACUAGAUUUAAGUACUUCAGCUCCCUUAUGCCUGCUUCAUCGGCACUACCUUCUCUGGGAAAGACACGCCUCACCUCAGGCUGUGCCUUUUCCACUACUCUCAGAUUUUUUAGCAUUUCUGACAUUGCCCAUUCCACAAUGACGGUUGAUGUCUCGUCACCACCCAUGAAUAUAUCCUGAAAUUGCAUUUGUUAAUUUACAUAAAUUAAGAAAUCAAGUUUUUUCAAAUCACAUAAGGCGGCAGUGUUGGUAAUUACCAUUAUAACAGCUUUGAUGUUGUCUGUUUUAAAGGGCAUUUCAAGUUUUCCAUGCUCUUGAAGAUCCAAAAGCACAUACACAAGAUCAUCUAUUUCAAUCCAUCUGCUAGCUCUCUUAGCUUUGUGUUCCAUGAUGAUGUUUUCAAGGAUUCCGUCUGCUUUGUGAUGCAGAUUCUUGGAUUUAGGACUCAUUAUUGCAUGGAUAAGAUGAAGUAACUUCAUGGAAGGGAAGAGACCAACGAGACUCAAGCCUGCAAAUAAUUCCACAAUGUCCGGACCAAGCUUCCUGAAUUAAUUCUUCAUGGUGCUUGGACUUUCCACCGAGGGCAGCCCUUGAAAUGACGGUAAGUCCUGUGGAGUAUAGCAUGCAUGUCUUUAAGGUUGAUAACACAUCCUGCCUCUAAUGAGAUGCCUCUAAUUAAAUUCGAUACCUCUUCUUCCCUCACUGGUCUGAAUGAUCGAAAUGUGCGCAUGGGACUCAGCAGCUCGGUUGUGCAUAUUUUUUUCAGUUGUUGCUAGUAGUCUCCAUAUGGUGCAAGUCUAAGGUCCGAAUAAUUGUAAGUCAGUAACUUGAGAGAAUGGAGACGGGGCCAGCUAGCGAAAAUGAGGUCAUGAGUCUUGAGCACAUCUCUAGCAGUUUCUAGUGAGGAGAAGACGGAGGUUGGGACUUCUCCGAGUUGCAGGUGCAUUACAGGACCAUAUCUCUUGGCCAAGUCCCUCAGGCAGUGAUGAGGAAGACUUUGAGGAGUCUCCUGAUUUUCUAGAAAUCCUCAAGACCACGACUAUGAAGAAGACAAAGGUGAGAAGGAAAGGAUAGAAGGCAACUUGCAAGUUUUUCAUCUCCAUUUCAACUGUGGAGGGAGACGAGGGGAUUUGACGUCUAUCUUUUUUCCUCCUUUAACUUGUAUACUGGUGGCUGUGUUUCACAUAAAAAAGCUUCACAACUGAUUGACUUCAUGGACGUGAAUUUGAUUUUUAACCAAUUAUGCAAUUAGAACUUUGGUUUAAAUAGAUGUUAAGAAGAAAAGAACUUUGUGUCA